CCCGAGUUGACUCGAAACCAAAACUAAAAUUAUUGUAACAAUCUGGUAAGAGAAAAACUGGUGAUAUACAGUGACAAAUAAUUUUCUUGAUAAGUAAUCGUAGAUAUAUUUUUGGCACAACUAUAUUUGCGCAUUUUUCUGUCUAUUGAAGUUUCAGUAGAGGUUUUCCGACACAAUGCCUUUGGCACACAAUAGAACAGGACCACUGCUGAAGAAGCUCAGGACAUUGAUGAGUAAUAGGAAGUAUGUACCAGAAAGCAUUCAAGCUUACAUCGUGCCUUCAGGAGAUUCACACCAGAGCGAGUACAUAGCUCCUUGUGACUGUAGAAGAGCAUUCAUCUCAGGAUUCACAGGAUCUGCAGGGACAGCAGUGAUUACGGCAGAAAAGGCAGCUCUAUGGACAGAUGGCAGGUACUUCCUACAGGCAGAAAAACAAUUGGACGAAAACUGGACUCUAAUGAAAGAUGGACAGCCCAGCACUCCCACACAGGCAGACUGGCUAGCUAAGGAACUACCUGUGGGUGGAACAGUAGGUGUGGACCCAUGUCUGAUUUCUGCAGAGGCUUGGAAACCCCUGAAGAAAAGUCUCCAGUCUACCGGUCACAGCAUCAUAGCUGUCCCCUAUAACCUGAUAGAUCUAGUGUGGGAGGAUCAGCCCCCACCCCCAAUGAAUCCACUCCUGACACUCUCAGAAAAAUACACAGGUAUGAGCUGGCCCGAGAAAAUUCAAAAAGUACGAGAGAAAAUGCAGGCCAAAAAAUGUGGGGCAUUGGUUAUCUCAGCUCUGGAUGAAAUAGCAUAUCUGUUUAACCUGCGGGGAUCAGACAUUGAGUACAACCCGGUCUUCUUUGCCUAUGCUGUUGUUACCUUGGAAAACAUAUUUUUAUUUAUAGAUGAACAAAAGCUUGACACUGAAAUCAAGCAUCAUUUGCAGCUGAACGGAGUGAGCAGUGACCUACAGGUCAUGCCCUAUGACAAGGUCGGGGAGGUCAUCAAAACUCUUGUGGACCAGGUCGAGGGUAAAUUCUGGAUCAGUCCCAAAUCUAGCGUAGCUUUGACACACUGUGUUGAUAAAAGUCGAUUGUUUGCCCAGACAUCCCCGGUGGCUGUAAUGAAGGCGGUGAAGAAUGCAAAAGAAAUCCAGGGAAUGAGAACGGCUCAUAUAAAAGAUGCUGUCACACUUUGUGAGCUGUUUUCUUGGUUGGAGAAACAGAUUCCCACCGGAGCAGUGACUGAGGUCUCUGCUGCAGAUAAACUGGAGGAAAUCAAACAGGAACAAGAUGACUUUGUGAGUUUGAGUUUUGCUACCAUAUCAAGUACUGGUCCUAAUGCUGCCAUUAUACACUAUAAACCUACAGAGGAAUCAGACACAGUCCUCAGUACAGACAGUAUUUUCCUGUGUGACUCGGGGGCACAGUACAAAGAUGGUACGACAGAUGUCACAAGGACAAUUCAUUUUGGAGUUCCGUCCAGUCAUGAAAAGGAAUGUUACACAAGAGUUUUAAAAGGACACAUUGGUUUAUCAUCUAUUAUCUUUCCCAAUGAAACAAAAGGUCACAUGUUAGAUACCUUGGCCAGAACAGCAUUAUGGGAAGUGGGUCUGGAUUAUGCUCAUGGAACGGGUCACGGAGUGGGGGCCUUCCUGAAUGUUCAUGAAGGCCCUUGUGGAAUUAGUCCCCGAGUCUCGGCGGCAGAGAUUCCCCUCGAGGCUGGAAUGAUCCUGUCUGACGAGCCCGGUUAUUAUGAGGAUGGAAAGUUUGGUGUUCGUAUAGAAAACCUGGUUCUGGUUGUAAAAGCUGAGACAAAGCAUAAUUUCAGAAACAAGGGAUUCUUAACCUUUGAACCCUUGACCCUUGUACCCAUGCAGCUGAAGAUGAUAGAGCCCUCCUUAUUAACAGAGAAAGAGAUAAGCUGGUUAAAUGACUACCAUACAAUGUGUAGGGAUAUAGUGGGACCUGAACUUAAGAGGCAAGGAAAGAAGGAGGCAUAUGAUUGGAUGAUGAGGGAGACCCAAAGCAUUGGAUAAUACAGAUGUAUGGAUUGGUUAGAUUUGUGAUCUGUCUUUUUAUGCAUUGUGAACAGAUUUUCUACAUUUGACUAGGAACUAGUUAAUUUAUAUCCAACAUUGUCAUUUUGAUUCAUGCUCACUUUCAAUUCAUUUUGUAAAAAUUUCAAAC